ACUGCACCAAUCACACAACCUCCUCGGCAGAGAUAUAUAAAAAGAAGAAAAUUUAAAUCAAUUUUGCAUCGAUGCCAUUGAGCGAGGGACUGAAUUAAGCAGUUAUAAUGAGAUAAAAAGGGACUUUCAUAUCAGGGGGUUAAAGUCCAGCACAGGCCUCAAAAAACAACAAAAACCAGCUGAAUGAAUUCUGAGCACCAUCAUGUGCCUUUGCCUACUGACGGUCAUUUCACGUAGUGAGCGUGCACCACACAGUGACUGCUGCCGGGAGCGGACUCUCGGGACCCCUCCUGGCGGAGCGGGCAUAUAAAACGAGCGCACGCGCUCCUCUCGGACACAGUGACACCCAGCCUGGCCCCGGAGCGGACGCGCCUGCCCUGCGUGUGCUGCGCUUCACGGAUGCUCCAGCGGCGCAGCAUCCUCCUCCUCAGCCCUGCCGAGCUCAGCGGAAUCAUCACUCAGACUGUGGUGCCGGACGGAUCUGACCGCUCUCCGCUCCCCCAGCUACUACACACCGACGUGUUUGCGAGAGCUGCCAUGGCGAACAGGGGGCCCAGCUACGGCCUGAGCCGAGAGGUGCAGGAGAAGAUCGACCAGAAGUACGACCCGGACCUGGAGCAGAGGCUGGUGGACUGGAUCGUGGCCCAGUGCGGAGGAAACCUGGAGAGGCCCCAGGCGGGCAAAGAGAACUUCCAGAAGUGGCUGAUGGACGGGACAAUCCUCUGUAGGCUCAUCAACAGCCUUUAUCCGAGGGGGAAGGAACCUGUCAAGAAGAUCCCAGAGACUCAAAUGGCCUUCAAACAAAUGGAAAAGAUCUCUCAGUUCCUGCAAGCAGCAGAAGCGUAUGGAGUGACAACCACCGACAUCUUUCAAACUGUGGACCUCUGGGAAGGAAAGGACAUGGCAGCUGUGCAAAGGACCCUCAUGGCUCUAGGGAGUGUGGCCGUCACUAAGGAGGAUGGUCAUUACAGAGGCGACCGAGACUGGUUCCACAGGAAAGCCCAGGCGUAUCGACGAGAGUUCUCCCAGGAGCAGCUGCGCCAGGGCCAGAGUCUGAUUGGCCUGCAGAUGGGUAGCAACCGCGGAGCUUCCCAAGCUGGUAUGACGGGCUACGGUAUGCACCGCCAGAUCAUGUAGACUGCUUCCUACCCAACCUGCUCCUCCGCUUCCAGACCUUUUUUUUCUACUAACACCACAAAGCGUCGUAGCCCCCAAAAACCUCCCCGUCCUUCGUAGCACCUUACCUUCUUAACCUUGAUCUCCCUGGAAUUGCUGCUUUUCCCAGACAGUGUUCAAACCACCUCCUAAAAAAAAAUGAUGUCAAAAUGCUGUAGACCUCCCUCUUCAAGCUGUCUUCCCUUAUGCCAUGUGCUAUUCUCUGCCUAGCUUUGUUGACUUUCUAUAGCCAAGUGAUAACUGAAUGUGAAGCUCAAUGUCAUUCAACAUCCCUUUAGUCUUAUAAAAAACCUGUAGAUUGAAAUGUCCUUAUACGAAACAAGCCAUCAGUGUUAUACGAAUACUGUAAGCCACUGUUACAGCAUGUUGUGUGCUAUUUAUUUAUUUGUAGGCACAUAUUCUUUUAAUUUGGAAUUUGUAUUUUUCGUUGUGUUGGCAUUUGGUCAGUUACUGUGUAGUUAUUUUUGCCUUAAACCUAAUGGAACUCAACGGCUGACGAUGUCUCUGCUGUCUUGUAUGAAGACUCGUUGCAGUAUCCUCUGUAACCAAUCCACCUCACGUUGUGCCUGGUUUUCGGGACUACGCAGACUGGGUCCUGAUGUAUUGGCCUCAAAUUAUAAACGAGUUUCAUUGCUUCUGAGCCAUGCCCUUGUUUCGUUUGUUAGAUCACAUCCAUUGUCCAUAGUGUGUCCAAGCAAGUAAAUCAAUGUGCAGUGGCCGACAUGUAUGACAGUUUCCAUUUCUUGUGCCGGGUAAACGACAUUGCUUGAAUGUGCACAUUUAUGUAUUGUCAUGUUUAUAUAUUUUAAUAUAUUUAUAUCUGGAGGCUUGUGAGAAUAAUUAUGAAAAAAUAAAGUAUGUAAACAUAUGUUCACAUAUGCUGGUGUCUGUGUAACACACAAGCUGUGUAUCUUGAUAGCUGGGAAGUCACGGGUGUGCAUGGUGUGUUAUUCAGUGUUGUGGCUUCUUUUUUCUUCUUAUCUUUACGCUCCAGCUCCUCCCCCUGUGCCCAUCCCUCGUCUCUCUCAUCACUGUACACAAUCUAAUAAAGUAGCAGCAGUGUGGCAUAAUGAA